UUUGUCAGCAUCUUGCUUCAUUUCUGGCAAGCGCGCUCCGUGGAAUGAUGCCGCACUACGAUCAAUGGAUCAGAAGAGAGACUAUUCGAGCGAAGGCUGGAGGAUGUUCCGAGUUGCCAAACUGCGAGGCAUCCGCUCAGCCGAACUUAUGUCAAAGACAGACCGGACAAACGCGCAACUUUCGUUCGCCCCCCCUGAACCGCACUCCACCCGUAUUCUCCACCUGCCGCUACGGUAUCGCGCCUCUUUGCUUCCGCCACCUCUCCAGCCUUGCAUCGUACUGUCCCUCCACGUCUUACCCCAGCUUGAGU